ACCCAGUUUCCUGGGGGUAAAGUGUAGAGGACUGGGGAAGGCAACGGCAAACCGCUCCAAAAGUCUGCCAAGAAAACAUUGUGACGUGACGUCCCCCCCCCCCUGCUGUGGGUCAGUAAUGACUCGGUGCUUUACCUGUACCCCUGAACAGGGCCUCAGUUUCUUGGGAGUGGAAAUGUCUGUCAAAUUAGUUGAGAGGCUGCAGCCCUGUGCACGUUUACCUGGGAGCCAGCCCUGUUGAGCACAGGGGGACUUGGCUGUGAGUAAAUCUGUGUUAGGAUGUACUUGCCCCCGUUGGCUGUCUGUUUCCCAAGACCUUUCAAGCAUCCAGGUGAGGAUGGGUUUUUUGAGGGCAGGGGGGAGCUUUGUUUUUGAAGUGUGUGUGUGUGUGUGUGUGUGUCUUGGAUGUCCUUGCAUACUGUGUGCAGCUGACCCCCAUACAACCCUGACCUUUUGUAUCCAUCCCUUGUCAACACAGGGUGGAGGGGUUUCUUCUUUUAGUAAAAAUCAAUUAAAUAAAUAUUGAACUUUAAAAUGGAAUCAUUGUAUAAUUACUGGUGGGUUAUAAAACACUUGAGAUUGAAUGAUGGGAGAGAGAGAGAGAGAGUCAAAGGUGCACAUGUUGCUUAAAUGUCAAUGGUAUGUAAGUGAUCUUUGUUCGUGCUUCGGCUUUUAAGAGAGAUUGUAAAGGGAUGCCUGGUUCCUGGGGGAAGGCUUUGUUUGGGGCUCUUGGGUUUUCUCUGUGUUGUCCCAAACAUGAAGAAGCCGGAGAGAUGCUUCCUCUGUAUAGGGAGGAGCCAUUUAGGUAUCGCUAGGAUUUACCUUCAUGCCCUGUCUAGCAUGGUUAGGAAAAGAAUGUAGAUGGUAUAAUCCGGAAAAGCAGUUCUUAGGCACAUGAUGGUUCCGCCGCUCGAGUUAGGCAUUCUUUCUCUUCAAAUCUUUUCUAGUCCAAUGUCAUGAAUGUCCUCCAGUCUUUCCUAGACCCAGUUGCCUCGGCCCGCUCUGUAAGAGUUUAAAAGUAACAGAAAGUUUGGAACUUUAAUGCAGUACAUCGUCUCAGUGUCUCUUGGUUUUCCAGGUAGCAUCAAUGCAAAUAAGAACUACAGAUGACAGUCACUUGGACACCGCCAGGUGAAAUUAAGUGUCGCAGAUAUUUCCACCGGAGCUUUGAGACAAGAAGAAGAGUCUACUCUGCCCUGCCUUUUCCUGUGUCUUGAGGGUUCCUGAAAGAACAGUGAGGGCCGUCGUUACUUGCGUUAACCUCAGACUUAUUUCUUGGCAAUCGUUAUGAGAGCUGCAAAUUUCUGAAGUGUCUCAAUCUUAUGACCUCCAAACUGAACCGAUGGGAAGUGUGUCUGCGUGGCUUCCUCUUCCACAGAGUUCAAGAAGUCAUUUCAGUCCUUUAUAACAGCAGCUCGUUGGACCGUGGCUUCCUGUGUCCGCGCACACCCAGCUAGAGCUUCCAGCCUCCGAGGGCCUGGAGGACUUGCUGCAGAGGGAGAUCCCGGCAGAGAGAACUUGAGCGGUUGUGUUCCAGCAGCGCUGGGAUACUUGUCUGUGGGUUUACUUCCUAACUUCUUGGGACGGCAGAAAAGAAUGCUGCAGAAUGGCUUGAGAUUGGGAACCAGCCGCUUCUGGCUUUCCGGAAUAUUGGACUCCACUCCUCCCCUCAAGCCCACAAUGGCAGUGGAUGUUGCGAUGCAGUUGUAUCUUCGCUCACCCUCUUUCCGAAGGGAGAGCUUUGCUUACAAAAUCGCUCCAAAGCCCAAGAAACCUUUGCGGCCCUGUAUCCAUUUAAACAGCAGUACAGAAUUGAAUGACCUGGGAGCUCAAGUAAAAGCGCUACAGAGCACUAAAGUGAAAAAGAGGGUUUCUUUUGCAGACAGCAGGGGUUUGGCUCUGACGAUGGUCAAAGUGUUCUCCGAGUUUGAUGACCCGUUGGAUAUUCCAUUUAACAUCACAGAACUAAUAGACAACAUUGUGGGCCUGACAACGGUGGACAGAGACAAUUUUGUCUUAGAUUUUGUCCAGCCUUCUGCCGACUACUUGGACUUCCGAAAUCGCCUCCAGGCAGACUAUGUCUGCCUUGAGAACUGCAUGCUGAAAGAUAAGUCCAUCACUGGCACCGUGAAAGUCCGGAAUCUUGCAUUUGAGAAGGCCGUGAAGAUCCGGAUGACAUUCGAUACCUGGAAAACCUUCACGGACUAUCCAUGCCAGUAUGUCAAAGACAUGUAUGCUGGUUCAGAUAAAGACACAUUCUCUUUUGAUAUCAGCUUGCCAGAGAAAGUUCAACCCCACGAACGGAUGGAGUUUGCCGUGUGUUACGAAAGCAGUGGCAAAGAGUAUUGGGAUAGCAACAAAGGCCUGAAUUACAGGAUUGUAACGUCCGAACUGAAAUCUGUUCAGAUUUCCCAGCCUCAGGGCGAAUCUGGUUUUGGGAUUGCCUUUGACCAGUUUGGGAGUCCUCGGUGUUCCUACGGCUUAUUUCCAGAAUGGCCAAGUUAUUCAGGGUAUGAAAAACGUGGGCCUUAUUACUAAAUGAAAGGCCUGGUCUUAGUAUUUAAUGUGCAGGAUUUUUUUAUGGGGGAAAAAUUGGCGUUUGCUGCGAUGUCAGGGUUGCCGAAGGAGGGUGCCUGUUUAUAGUUAUAGAAAGUGAAACGAAAAGGACUUGUGAAAUGCCUGACUGCAGCUGAUUGUUUAAAAGAUGGUCUGUGUACUAUCUGGGCGGUUGUCACUUUGAACAGCUAGAAGAAGGGGGAGAAGUUACUCAUAUUUCGGGACACUGCUGCUAGUCUCCUAGUUCAGUUCAACAUUCAUUGCUUCAGUCGAGGUACUGGCUUGCUUGUCCAGUGGCACAAGGGGGAUGCUGCAAUAUCGCAAGCCGAUCUUGGAGCAAGACAUUUUUUUUCUCUUGCCUUCUGGAGACAAAUUUGUCCAUUCUUGGUGAGAAAUCACAGACGGCAGCCUGUGGGUUGGAUGACGUGAGCAGAGGCCCCUAAUCAGUUGUUGAUCCAUGGGAGACUUAAGGAGGCUUCUGCAGAAUCGAAGGGACUGUAAUAGCUGUUGGAAAUGGAACAAUGACUUUGCUUCCUUCCAUAAUAGGAGAUGCUUUCAUUUGUGAGGAAGAGACCAGGGAGCGUACUCCCCACUCUGCCUGGGUUUCUGUCUUCAAAAAAGAGGGAAGUGCAAUCACGGAGGCAGAGGAACCUUUCUGUAGUUCGGUCACGUAAUCACGUAGCUUCGGAGCAAUACUGUAGUAGCAUCUGAGAAGGGCUUCUAUUUUAUUUUUGAGCCUGAAAAGAAACCUGUUUUGCUUUAAUGUGCCUUGACAAAUCUUUUUUAUAAUUGGGGUGGAAGGAGGGCAAAUAGAAUAAAGUUUUCUAUUUUUUGUAAAAACUGUAACUUUCUGUGCCACCAUCUUAUUAACAUAUAACACCCCCCCCCCAAGCGUGGCCUGAUAGAUGCCGCUGUUUGGUUAAAGAUUUUGUUUUUCUUUUACUAUUAUUUUAAUUAAUUUGUAUACAGUGGUUAUAAAUUGGAAUCAUGUUACUGACAGAAAAUCAAGCAAAGGUUAUUGGUUGUAUAAAGGAUAUUUGUUACAUCCAGUUUAACACACACACACACACACCCUUACCGCUCAGGCACAGACUAGAAAGUUGACUGGGGGGGGGGCGGGUCAGAGACAACUGAGGAUGAGAAAUCCCAUUCCUGCAAGGCAAAAACGGCGCCGCGUGUGCCCCCCCCCCUCCACUAAAGCUGCCAGAACUCCAGACUUCCCCUCUUUUUAGCUUUUCCUAAAUCACAUAAUCGUUCUGUUGGCAGGUUGUUCCAGUAGCGCCUUCUGCUCAGCCAAGUGCGAAGCUUUCCUGCGGCCCAAAAGCCUUGUUCCGAAGGAAGAGCUCUUAGAUUAGAGGAAGGCGGCAAACUUUGCUGAGUGCGGAGGAUAAAAGCUGAGGUUUUCCACUUCAGCAGGGGUCUUUGUUCCCUAACCCUCCUUAAAGUAAUCUGUUGAACACUAAUGGGGUCCUAAGCAAUCCAGACAUGCGCACAGUGAGCAGGUUACUUUGUUCCAAAGCAAAGGGCCAAGCUAGAAGUGACGAAUGACUCUUGAACGGCAAGUGAACAGACUCGCGUGUAUUCCUCCCUGUUCACUUGCCCUCCACUCGAUCACGUAAGUGGAGUGCAAGUGAACAGGGAGGAAUGCACGUGAGUCUGUUCACUUGCCGUUCAAGAGUCAUUCGUCACUUCUAGCUUGGCCCAUAGAGAACAAAAUUAACUUGUGGCGUGAUGCAGUAGUGCUGUGAAGCAAAUUCAGUUAUUGUAGACAAAUAGGACGGUAUGCCAACAGGACCUAAAACUAAUGCUGCAGUACGAGAUUUGCCAUGCAAUUCUAGAUAAUUUCAUCUUAAGUCUGUUGCAGUCGAUGUGCUAAGAAGGGUGUCAACUCUAAGAUGCCCCUGUGGGUUUCCUGAUACCUACAGAGGGGACAGCAGUUCUGUGCUGUGUGAGGGAGUAUCCAGCAAGCCCAACCACGGCCGAGAAGGUUUGGCCAGCCCGUGGAUUGGUGUACAAGUGCUUGUCUUAGAAUGCACCCCGGAAAGGUUCUAAUCCGUGGCCGCCAAAGGGCUGCAAUCCGCUUUUAAAAAGGACGUUUCAAGAGUCAGCCUUUCCAUGGCCGAUUCCAGACGACUAACCUGAAGGCGCUGCAUGCCGCCAUGUUCCGGAUCGCGACGGGGAAAACGCGAAAUACCGCGUUUUCUCGUGCGAGUUUGGCAGUGCCUUCAGGUUAGUCGUCUGGAAUCGGCCCAGGUCUCAAAAACCCAGAUUGUUAGUUUAGCUUGUGUAUUUGGGAAUUCAGACUUAACACAGUAAUGCAGCUGCACAUUGACAGUAGUGACGUGAGCCCUCUGAGUGGCCUUCUUUGACAUAACCACGUCCCCCCAGACUAGAGAUCGGCCACCUGAGCCCCUGGGCUAAAUCCAGCUCUUUCGAGAGUCACGCCUGCCUCCCUCUCCUGCGCUUGCCAAAUGGGAGAGGAACAAUGGAUGUGGAAAAAGUUCCAGCAAGCCAUAUCAGGGGAGAAGCAGCUGGGACCUUGGCCCUUCUCAGAGCGGUCCAAAGGCAAAAAUACUUGCUGAGUUGUCCUUUAAUGGGUAAAAUAUUUACUCUUCUUUUUUGUAAAAAAAAAUUGGGCUAAAUACCAAGUUUGUUUGCUGGACUGAUGAGGAAAAAACAGAAUUUUUAUUUUUAGCACAGCAAAGCAUGAUAAAACUCAACCAGUAGCAGCUGCUGGUGUUGGAAUAUGUGGCCCCAAUUUCCGGUGGAGAAAUACAGACAGUAUUGAAAGGGUGCUGUGUUAACUACUUCUCCAGCUCUAUGGUAUCUACUUCCAAGGAGCUCUGGUAAAAGUACAAAUGCAAAAAUGUGACCCACCAACGCAGAAAAUUAAAAGCCAUGUUUGGGAUUGCUGUGGGGAGAUUUCGGCAGCAUCUGUUGGUUCCAUCCUGUUCAUUCAGUUUCUAGCAGACGCCUGAACGUUCCUUGCAGUUCACAGGAAAAUUGUGCGUUGUUUGUGUGUUACUUCAGAGGGGAAGUGAUGCAUUCAGCAAUCCAAGAACAUUGCAAGUGAGGGCUGUUCACAACAAUGGCCCAAGGUGCUGAUGCAACAAACCAAAGUUCAUUCAUGUUAAAGCAAUCCCCAGUGCUUUGAUCCGAGGCUACUUGGAACCCCACGCACCUGGGCUUUCUUGGCAUUCAGGCCAAGUGGGGUGCUGGGGUAAGCCUUGCCCAUACUGCAGCCACACAGUGGCAGAGGGUCCUCACGUGAUCCACCCUGCCAUGUACGUUCUACAUGCUUGGCGGAUUUAUAAGAACUGGACAGAGACUGGCAGUAAAGGGGGUGGAAGUCUUGGAUCUCAGACUGCCAGCAGCACUGGGAAUGUCCACAGUCAAGUGGAUUUAAAUUCAAAACCAAAGUUCCAGCGUCUUCCACAAUCUUGCCUACUGAAGGUUUUCUAUCAGGCAUAAAUUGCUUUCUCUGGUAGCCUACGGAGGACCAUUAAGUGACUUGAGGACAAAAGCUUUACGUCUGUGUGUUCAUUUGACUUGAAAUGACUCUCAGUUGUGCCUGCGUUUUUUGCAAUUUUUUGCUGUCUUUGGUAUGGUGGUUCUUUUGAAAAAUGGAAAGGGACUUGCUUAUAAAGGCUGUGCCUAAGGGGCGUGUGCGUGACUUGCCAGGCAGUGGAUGGAAAUGAGACUGCGAAAUGGAAACCUGGAAUGAUUUUCCUGAACUGCCUUCCGUCACAACUUCUGCCCACCCCUCACCCCAUUUUAAAGCCAGCUUCUUGGACUUUGUCUGACUUGCCAAUGUGAAUGUACCGGAGGGAUUGCUAUCCUCAUUUUAUGCUUCCAAGUGCCUUGCAUGUUUAAAAUACUUUGUACACAACUGAAAAAAUGCACUUUAUUAAUCACAAUGGAUUUAUUUUCUGUAAUGGUUUUGGUUUUUAACAGAUGGCAAAAAAAUAAAUAAAUGUUGAGCAGAA